AAUUCGACGAGCAUAUUUUUUAAAGUAUUUAGCAUGAAGGUUUUCAGCUUGAUGAAUGUGCUAGUAUGCUCUUUCUGCCUGGUAAGCGCACUGUCUUCGCCACGACAGGCGAGUGAGCCUGGAAGACGCGUUCGCAGGGAGAUACGGGAUCUCACGGAAUCCGAAAGGUUGGCUCUAUUCGAGGCAAUGUGGGAGAUGCGUAACCUGUCUACCAAAGAAGGUCAAGAAAAGUACGGUUCUGCCUUUCGCACAUGGGACUACCUGGUGGCUAAACAUGCUGUCGCAGCAGAAGACCCCAGCGGUGACCAAGGACACUAUGGUCCGUGUUUUAUUACGUACCACAGAGCGCUCAUGUUAGAAACAGAAAACAUUCUUCUGUCUAUUAACCCGGAAUUCAAAGCUCUCCCGUACUGGGAUCUAACCUUGGACGCGGGUCAUGGUGGCAGGUACAGAGAAGGAGACGAUGAGUAUAUCUUUUCAGAUACUUACUUGGGGUCCUACACGGGAAACGAAGAGAUGGACUAUGCAGUCACUGAUGGUGCAUUCGCUUAUUGGCCGGUCACUAAAUUCGACAAAAAAGAGUAUGGACUACUUCAGCAUAUAUACAGUGGCAGCAGCACAACAGGCUACAAUAGGCGAGGUAGUAAUGAGCUAGAUAGUCCUUAUCUGACCCGAUUUCCCAAAGGCACGCUGAGUUACACAAAUUACGAGAUGGACGAGACGAUUGAGGGAACAAAGGAAGACAAUGAUAUCUGCUCGAGUUUCGAUUAUGUGGCCGAUAUUGAGCACUUUGUGAAUUGUGUGGAUGCUGAAGACGUUUCGAACGAAGUUGAUGGACCACCUGCUGGCUUUUACUACAAGGAUGGGGAGAAGAAAACCGUUCGCUUCAUACACUCACAGGCCCACCUCAAGAUUGGUUCAAGGAGUACCUUGGGGGUCAAUGGCGAUUUCCGAGACGCUGCUACUUCCAUCAACGAUCCUUUCUUCCUUUUUCAUCACACGAAUAUAGACAGGCUCUUCAUGCAGUGGCAGAUGUCAGCGCUAAACGCGGACUCAGAUCAGGAUGCUAGCGAUGUAAUGUACGGAUUCCCCACACAUCCACCUAGCAAGCAAGAGACUGAUCUAGGGUUCACAGUGUACGAUGUUUGCUGGGAGAUAGACAACACCAUCAGUCCAAACUUCCCCUUCUACGAAAACGAUUUGUUCGGCGAGGGCAACGACGCACAUUCCACAUCCGGAAAGGGCAAAACCUACACGAAUCGAGACAUUCUCAGAUUUACAGGCCCAGGAAACAGCAUCUACACAUACGACACUACAAUGUGGUGAGUCAACUACGGUCCUUGCUGCGAGUAUUGGAUUCCCCCAGACUAUAACGCUCUCUGGGUUGACGAGGCAGACUAACAAACUGGCGCACAUGUAGUAUAUACACCACGACAUAUCUACACUUUCUCCGUGGUAUACUGUCACGAAUGGUGCUAGUAUAUAUACGGUGACUUGUGAUAAACACGACAACAACGCUCCCACUCAAUGGAUAUGGAGCUUCCAGAGACGCUCGUGGGAAGUAGAGGUUAUCUGCGAAGUGGGUGUACGCCGAAUGAGCCACUGCCGCGUCGGCUGUAGGCUCUUGAAGCAGUGUGGGUUACUAGAAAGGGCAUAUAACUUCAACGAGAGACGAUACUAACAGGCAAACAAAGCCCGGCUCAAUAUUGCAAAGCACACGCUUAUCAAAUCUGUCGCAAUAUCUAGUAUCGAAAGAUGUGCUGCCGUCUUUCAUCGACACAUGUCCGAGUGCUACGACAUCCAUAGCAGUCUGCAUUACACCACUACCACGAAUAAACGACCCAAUCGCCGCGACCGAGGAUAGCCAUGCCUACAA